AUGGCGGCGGCCGCGUCGCCCUUGGUGACCGCGCGGUGCCUGCUGCGGGUUGCGGCGGGGAGCGGGGCCCGCCUGCCGCCGGGACGGGCCUUACCUGUGUCAUACACAGCUCAAGCAGAUGAGAAGACAGGCUCUGGUACCCUUACAGAUGCUAACGCCAGGGCCUUGUUGGUUUGCAAUGGACCUUUAGAACAUUACAACUUUCUGAUUAAGCAAGAAGAGCUAAGAAAUGAUGAGCAACAAAGAAGAGUUGUGCAGCACCUGCAGAAGUUGCAUGAGAGCCUUAAAGGCUACAGCAUCAGUUCAAAAAAUCUUCUCUCAAAGCUUUUUGACAGAAACAAACCCCCUAAAGGUCUUUAUGUCUAUGGAGAUGUUGGCACUGGGAAGACAAUGGUGAUGGACAUGUUCUAUUCCCACUUACAAGUAGAAAAGAAAAAGAGAGUCCAUUUUCAUGGCUUCAUGCUAGAUGUACAUCAGAGGAUACAUCGCCUUAAGCAGAGCUUGCCAAAAAGGAAGGCAGGACUUAUGGCCAAAUCAUAUGACCCAAUUGCACCAGUAGCAGAGGAAAUAAGUGAAGAGGCUGCUCUCUUAUGUUUUGAUGAAUUUCAGGUCACUGACAUUGCUGAUGCCAUGAUUCUGAAGCAGCUUUUUGAAAAUCUCUUCCAAAAUGGGGUUGUCGUGGUAGCAACAUCUAACAGGCCUCCAGAAGAUCUCUAUAAAAAUGGUCUUCAGAGAGCUAAUUUUGUACCAUUCAUUGCUGUGCUGAAGGGUAAGUCAGACUUGAAAUAUCUCAAUAGAAAAUGUGUUGGAAAUGCUCUGGAGGACCAACAAAGCACUGCACAGAGAGAUCAAAAAUACUGCAGCACAAUCCAGCUUGAUUCUGGAAUAGACUACAGGAAACAAGUGCUUCCUGCUGCUGGAAAACUUUACUACCUCACAAGUGAAGCUGAUGUGGAGGCUGUCAUGGAUAAGUUGUUUGAUGAGCUGGCUCAGAAACAAAAUGAUUUAACUAGACCAAGGAUUCUAAAAGUGCAAGGCAGAGAGCUGAGGCUGAAUAAAGCAUGUGGAACCAUUGCAGACUUCACCUUUGAGGAGCUGUGUGACAGACCUCUUGGGGCCAGUGACUAUUUGGAAAUCUCAAAGCAUUUUGACACAGUCUUUGUUCGGGAGAUACCACUUCUGACAAUGGCAAAGAGGACACAGGCUCGUCGUUUCAUCACCCUUAUUGACACCUUUUAUGAGCAUAAGGUGCGCAUCGUUUGCUCUGCAGCAAGUCCUCUGCAAGGCUUGUUCCUGGUGGAGCAGGACAGCAAGGAGCUGCAGGACAACAGAGUGCUGAUGGAUGAUUUGGACUUGAGCCAGGAUUCAGCCAAAGGACUCUCCAUGUUUACAGGAGAAGAGGAAAUCUUUGCCUUCCAGCGGACUCUCUCACGCCUCACAGAAAUGCAGACUGAACAGUACUGGAACGAUGGAGACAGAAGCAAAAAAACCUAA